GAAUGGGGUUAUGUGUUUAGAAAGAACUCUAAAAACAUUUAUUACGACGGUCAUGAAAGAGAGGAUGCGAUUGCAUACCAUCAGAAAUGGGCAAAAAGAAUGAUGGUGUACAAGAAGAAAAUGGCAACUUUUUCUGAAAAUGAAGAAACUAUAGUUUUGCCAGUACUUAGAUCCAAUGAAAUAGAGCAUGUUCUUGUUACUCACAAUGAAUUGACAUUCUAUGCAAACGAUGGGAAAGAUACCAUGUGGCUAAUGGAAGUUGAAAAUCCUAUCCGUAAGAAAGGUCCAGGAAUGUCUCUCAUGAUCAGUGGGUUCAAGUGCGUAUGCCACAGAACAAUGGCUGGAGGGGCAUGGUUGUCACAAGAGGUAUUCCGCCCUGGGGCCGACAUAGAUGGGUACUGGAUGAGUGCGGAUAUGUUGAAGCAAUUGAAAAACAAUGUUAUUCCUCUUUUUGAAUUGAUUCACCCAGGGUGCAAGGCCGUCUUUUCAUUUGACCAAAGCACAAAUCACAAAGCGUAUGGUCAAAAUGCUUUGAUCUCAAGCAAAAUG